AUGGAGUGUGUACUACUCUCUUUAUGCCAAAGACUUAGGUAUAAUGAGGUCGUAGUUUUAGCUAGCUUGUGUAGAUCAUACAGACAACUCAUCCUUCAUCAUACCUACCAAAAAGAUUGGCCCUUCCACCAUAUACUCUCUAUAUUUACAGAAUCACACGUUCGCAAUAAACUAUUAGAAAGAUACAUCUGUGAGCAUGAAGCGAAAAUAAACAAAAAAAUACCUCUAUUGAAACCUGAAGACUUGGCAGCUGCUCGCAAAGAGUUUAGGGGACCAUUGGGACUUCUGUGGCAUGAAAGGACAGUCAAAAUAUGUCGUACAAAUUGUUAUCCCGGAUCAGCGGUUUUAGAUCAACUGUUGUGGCCGAAGAUUACAAAUUUGGAGAAGGCAUCAAAGGAGCCGUCAAGGAAAGCGGCUGAACGGCUAGGGAAUAAAUGGGAAUUGGAUUGGCCUCUGAAUAAAAUGGUGAAAUUAUUGCCCGAGCUUCGUUACGGAAACAACCUGAUUGCGAAGGUUGUAUUUGGUCGAAUUCAUUUUAACCGAGUGGUGGAAAUGUUAUUACACGAAACUGAGACAACUAUUUGCUCGUUACAUUAUCCUUCGUGCGAAGAACAAAUUCGGGACCAUCAAAUGCGCGACAAACACGCGUGCGACAAACACGCGCGCGACAAACACGCGCGCGACAAACACGCGCGCGGAGAUGAAUUUCCCGAAACAUCCGGGGAGGGUGGAGAUAGCACGAUUUGCUAUUAUGACUUAUCGCGGGCGGUAAUACAAACGCGCGAGCGCUGGAUUUAUUAUCAGCGUGUUGAAGAUUAUGUUGAUAAGUUGUAUGCUUCAUAUUUGAGACACGUGAUGUUAGCGAGUGGUGGUGUUCGUCCGGGUUUGGUGGGGUAUAAGCCGGUUUAUGAAACAGUCUUUUCCCCGCGAAUUAAUAGGGAGAAGUUGGGUCUUUUAUCCCAAGGCCUUUUCUAA